AUGGUUAUAUUUUUUGCUGCUGCAAAUGUGGCUGGGUUAUGUGUUCAUGUUGGAGAUCUACAAUGGGAGAACUUGGAAGACCAUGGGGAGCUCCUGACAAAGCAACUAUGGAUAGUUGUGCAAGACAUAAAUCCCCCGUCCUUCUGCUUUGACGCUGCGCUGUCGGUGCCAAGUGUGGACGUGGUGGUGUUUCUCCUGAAGGUAAGAUCCGUACUUCUUGGUUGGCGUUGCUCCUCUGUCGACAACUCUACCUUCACUCUGCCCGGUGGCCACCUGGAGUUUGGUCACUCUCAUUCCCCUUUUCUCUUAUUCUCGACGAUCGUACCCAUUUGUUUCGUGGGAAAUUUGAAUGUUCUUUCUUCGGUUUUAGGAAAGAGCUUCGAGGAAUGUGUAAUUAGAGAAGUGAAAGAGGAGACGAGGCUGGAGAUCGCGAAAACGGAGCUGUCGAAAUUUGUCAGCAAAGGUUUCAAGCCAUUCCCUCACUGA